GUAUUAAUCCCUUUUGUUUCAAGGGACACGCGUUUCUCAUUCACAUUCUUCGCAAAGAGGAUUUGAUUGAUUGAGAAAAAAAUGUGUCCUUUGAGGCUCAUUCUCAUUUUCUUGUCCGCAACCCUCGCCGGAUUCUUUGUCCUCCGAAACCUCAGAUCUCAACCUAAGGUCGACGAUGAUGACGCUGUUCCUAACCUUCCCAAGAACCCUGAAAUCUCAGAUUCUUCAAACCCUUCCUCUAAUGGAACUUCCAAGGUUCGGGCUGCGUUAGAAUCUGGGUUCUGGACAUUCGUUGACAUGGCUAGUGGGCGUUAUCUUUGGAGGCAUAUGGUAUCGUCCUCUUCAAAGCGCUCCAGCUGAUGUGUUAUCAGUGAUUUAUGUUAAUCUUGUUCAGCUUCAUGAUCUUUGUAGGCCCAAGUGGGUGAUUGAACAUUGCCUCUUUUAUUGUAAUUUUAGGGUCAAUUUGGAUUCUCUGUGCCAUAGCUGUUGUUCAUAGUAUUGUUGUUGUUUUUUGUUGUUGGUUUUGGAUGGUGAAAGUCAUAACUGCAACAAUAAUAAUGAUGAUGAUGAUACCCAUUUUCUUGAAAUGUUAUUAUAUAAAGUGUGAGCUUU